GUAGUCCUCUAUCCUCCCAGGGUAUCCACGGAUGGUUGGAGGGGCCUCCUCCGUGGUCGCCCCGUGGACACCCGUCUCAGUUGACACUCCAAAGCUGGUGAAGGAGGAGGGCGAAGAAAAGGAGCCAGAGAUUUCAACAGGUGAAAUCCUGGCCCCAGUGGUGACCAAGAAACCUAGAAAAUAGCUUGGUAGUGCCAAGAACCAAGAACCAAGGUAACAGACCCUGCUGUCUGUGAAUGCUAGAGUGUGUAUAGGCAAUCAACAAGGGGCCUACUACGACCUAAUAGAACCAUUUAAACACUAUAAGUGUGGUUCAUCCAUGAUGUUUUUCCGGUUGUAUACCCAAAUCUUACGCCAAACCCAAGUGGUGGAGGCCACCAUGUCCGUUUUAGGCGGUGUCAGAGCGGCCUCAACCACGGGCAUGGUGAGCACACUCCACCACCGACCCGCUACUCAUUCGCAUCACAAUCAUCUGGAGGCCCGAUCUCAUGUUGAGACGCUGCCCGGAAAUCACGACGCCAACGAGCUCGUCCACGCUGAUCUAGAGGCCAUGUUCAAAGAGAUCCAUGAGGAGCUGGAUUUCGAGCUCAAAAGCAAUGAGGAGCUCAGGACAGCCUCCGGUCAGCUUGGGAUCUCGAAAGACCGAUUGCUCGGCUCGUUGGGGCAAAUGGCCAAGUAUUACUUCGACGGUCAGGGCAAGGCCGUCCGACCUGUCAUUGCCAUGACGCUAGGUCAUGCCUACAACCAUCACCAAUGUAUGAACCAAGAAGAGAAGACUGAGACAGCCAAUCGACAACGGAAGGUGGCCAUCAUCUCAGAGAUGAUCCACACCGCCAGUUUGGUUCAUGACGACAUUUUGGAUCAUGCCGAGACCAGGCGAGGCAAACUGGCCGUCAACCAGAAAUGGGAUGCCACCAGAAGUGUCCUCUGCGGAGACUACGUCCUGGCCAUUGGUGCUAAAGUUCUUGCUCAACUGCGAAAUGAAGAGGUCCUGAAAGUCCUGGCUCAAGUGCUAGCCGAUCUGGUUCACGGAGAGUUUCAGCAGCUUCAAAACAAGGAGAACGAGACAGAGCGGUUCAAUUUGUACCUGAAUAAGACCUUCAAUAAGACCGCUUCGUUGAUCGCCUACACCUGUAAAGCUAAUGCCAUUCUGGCCAAGGCCUCGCCCGACCUUGUGGAAGAAGCCUUUAAGUACGGCAAAAACGUCGGUAUCGCCUUCCAACUAGUCGACGACUUACUGGACUUUGAAUCCUCGUCACAACUUCUCGGCAAGCCCGCUGCUGCAGACUUAAAGCUUGGUCUAGCUACGGCCCCGGUUCUCUUCGCUUCCACCGAAUUUCCCGAACUGGAGACGCUGAUAAAGCGCCGGUUCUCGCAAUCUCGAGAUGUAGAGCGGGCUUUCGAGUUUGUGCAAAAAUCCAAGGGUCUCCUCCAAACCCGAGACUUGGCCAAACAACACUGUGAUGCCGCCGUCCAGGCCAUUGAGCCUUUAGUUGAAUCUCCAUACAAAUCUGCCCUCAUCAACCUAACCGAUAAGGUGUUGAUCAGACAGAAGUGAAUAAUUGAAAGCAAUUCGAAGGAUAUCCAUUAAGAUUAUAGUUUUCUGUCAAGAGUAGUGAACAUCGACCCACAAGAAGAGACUCUUUUCAUAUUUUUCAUUGUUAAAGCCACCUUUAUUUGUUUUAUCGAUUGGAAUAAAUCCAUAUGAAUUGCC